AUGGUUCAGGCUGGAAUAAUUCGUCCCAGCACAUCGGCAUAUUGUGCGCCUACGUUUUGCGUUAAGAAACCGGUUGGCUGGCGCAUUGUCCACGAUUAUCACCUACUUAACAGUGCAACUAUUUUGCCUGCUAUUCCAAUGCCUAGGAAGGAUGACACGUUCGAUGCGAUGGGCGUUAUUGAUUAUCCUGCAUGGAUCUAUUGUGGGGAUACUAUCAAGUCAAACUACAUGAAUCAGAUAUUCCAUUUACGGCGUUUUCGACGCCCGACGGUCUUUUUGUCGUCGCCCGACGGUCUCUUUGAGUAUCUUGUCACUCCGAUGGGUUUGAAUGGAAGCACGGGCACGUUUAACCGUUUGCUACAGCGUGUUUUUAGUGCCUUGUGUGAUGGCAUGCGCAUAUACUUUGAUGACAUUUACGUGUACACGCAAGAUCAAGAUGUCCAGAAGCACGUAGAUACUCUGUAUCAAGUGCUUAUGCGCUGCCAGGAACAGCUAUUGUAUGUGAAGCUAUCAAUGUGCCAACUUUGUGUUGAAGAAAUCCUUUGCCUUGGUGACUUCGUUGGCCAUAACGGUGUGAGCAUGGAUCCAGACAAAGUUCGUGUUAUAAAGGAAUGGCCUGCACCACGGACCAAGAAACAGAUGGAAAGGUUUUGGUUGCAGAUCCAUUGCAUGAAAGUACUAAGGGUGUACGCCCGCAAGAAGCCUUACAUCUUACCGAUCAUCAACUUGAGUGUUUCGACGAACUUAAACGUCGACUUUCAACACCUCCAGUCUUACAAUUUCCUGAUUUCAACAAACCAUUUGGUAUCCGCAUGGAUGUCUCAAAAUUUGCCAUAA